UCCACGGUCUACUGUAUACGAUAACUAUAGAUCCUCCCCUCGCACCACACCAAAGUUAGAUCCUGUAUCUACCUCGCAACCCAGCACCAAGUUCAACUAACUACACGAACAAAUUACUCACUAACUAUUAACUAACGAUAACUUGAGGAACCCACCACUACUCCGUAAUUAGAGCGAGAGAAAAAGUUAUAUAUAGCAGCAAGAAUGGGUCCUGACCUUUUUUUCUCCCUCUCCCUCCCCCACCAUCCUUUUUUUCGCGCUCUCUUUCCGAUAUCAAUUCGCUACCGGUCAACCCGUUUCCCUGCCACCCACACAAUACGAGUUCGGUCUCUUCAUCCCGUUACUCUUUCCUUAAUGUUCCCGACUUUGGGGAUUGGUAUUAUUUUAGACUCUGUCUGGCUUUAUCUUUUGUUGGUAGGGAUUACAUUUUGGGAUGGACAGCGUGGGAAAGGGCGUGGCCGUGGACUUGGUUGGGUAUUGGGGUGCGCUGGGUUUGCUGGUGGACUGGCGAGCGCGGGCCGCCUGAGGACCGGUAAAUUAAGCGACGGAACUAAAACUAACCAAGCUUGUCUUCAAUGUCUUGAAGUUGUGUUGUUGACCUUUCGCUGCUUGCAUUUGGGUAGCCAGUGAAAGGGGAUUGGAAAAUGAGUAGACUUAGCGACUAAGCUGAGAUAGAGGCCAAUUUGAGACGGUCUCUCCAUCUGUGAGAAUUGUGUGUGUGUAGACAAAUGAUAUGGGGUCAG